UUCCCUCUCUGUGACGUCAUAUCAGCUCAACUGAUGUGUGGUUGGCAGAACUGACGUGGCAAUUACCAGCAACUCUGUUUCACGUCGUUCAUAAAACUAAAAUACAACACACAUUUUUCCUUACUCAUUGACUGUGUUGGCAAAGGUAACCCUGGCUAUAAACCUGUCACUUCCUGGUUGGUAGAUAUAUAUAUAUACAUAUAUAUAUAUGUAUGCUCUCACACUUUUUUGAAAUAUAAAAACAAAGUAUUGAAUACGUAGGGAAGUAACCAAAAGCUUCUCGGUUUCCUUUGCUGCUGCUGCACACCUAAGAUCGUUUCUGUUUAUAUUUCUAUUGCAGUCUAGCGACUGAUAUAUUGUUUUCUUUCAUUUCGCUAUCAUCUGGAACAGUUCUUAAUUAAAAAAAAAAAAAAGGAAGUGAUUGAUAAUACUAGUAGCGACUAAUACUCAGUGUACUCUUACAUUCAAAGUUGAGGAAUAUUUACUUAAGAAAAAAGAGCAAAACUGAAUAAGAAAUUAUGGGCCUAACCAUCUCAAGCCUUUUCCAACGUAUGUUUGGUAAAAGCCAAAUGAGAAUUCUUAUGGUUGGUUUGGAUGCUGCUGGGAAAACAACCAUUUUGUACAAACUGAAACUUGGAGAAGUCGUUACAACCAUUCCUACUAUAGGAUUCAAUGUUGAAACUGUUGAAUAUAAGAAUAUUAACUUCACUGUCUGGGAUGUUGGUGGACAGGAUAGAAUACGACCACUUUGGCGUCAUUAUUUCCAAAACACACAGGGUUUGAUAUUUGUUGUAGAUAGUAAUGAUCGAGAAAGAAUGACGGAAGCUUCUGAUGAAUUGCAAAAAAUGCUAUCAGAAGAGGAAUUAAGAGAUGCAGUUUUAUUGGUAUUUGCCAACAAACAGGAUUUACCAAAUGCUAUGUCUGUUUCUGAAAUUAAACAAGCUCUUAAAUUAGAAUCUUUGGCAAAAAAGUGGUUCAUUCAGUCAACAUGUGCAACACAAGGUUCUGGUUUAUAUGAAGGUCUUGACUGGCUGUCUUCUGAACUAUCAAAGGGUGUAUAAAAAAAACAAUACAAAAUGAAUAAUAAACAUUCGCAGAGUGCUUUAAUCAACUCCUAGAACAAUAUGAAAUAUUCAUCAUGGAUUCUUGUAUGUGUGCUGUCUGCCUGGCUUGAAAAUGUGCUGGAAAGAAUGAUGUUCACUUGUACAAAGGAUGGUUACAGGCUAUAUAUAUAUAUAUAUAUAUAUAUAUAAUGUAUACAUAUAUAUACAGAGCCACUGUUUAAAGUAUGGCUGCAUUAACAUGGACCACUUUUUAUGAAGUUUCUUCUCACGUGCUCAACAUAAAGUGAAGAACAGCAGCAAAUUUAGUUGUUGUCAUUACACAGACUUGUAGACCUCUGAUUUCACUUUACAAUAACUUUGAGAGGAAAUGUUUCCAGAAAAUAUCUUCAAAGCUAUAAAUUAAAGAUUUUGCAAAAAAAAAAGGAAAAAAAAAGAAAAAGAAAAAUGAAAUACAAAAAUAACAAAACACUUUUUUUUAAU